ACCUGCUUUUUCCUAUUUCUACGCCUCCACCCCGAAACUUCUAGCUGCUUUCGAAAUAUCUCCCUCACGCCUCUUCUUUAUAACUCCUCUGGUCUGCUUUUCCCACCGAAACAAACACAUCCUCGGCACGACGGAUUCUUUUGUUCUUUGUUUCGAUUUUUUCAUAUUUUUGUGAUCUUCUGCCCCUGUCCUUUCAUUCUCGCCGCCGAUUAGGAUAUCCGACUGAUUCGAUUGCAAAUCUGAUUGUUUUUGUUUGAUCCUCCUCCCUUUUUUGAUUUGUUGGCCUUAAAGUGUUAAUUGAAGCAGAAAAUCUGAGAUUUAAUAUGAAGCGGGCAAGGAAAUCGAAGAGGGUUUCGUGGGCUCCUGGAUUUAAUCUGUGUCAGGUGAAGUUGUUCUUAUCUGAGGACUGCCCUUCGAAAGUUAGCCAGACAUCUCAAGAUCUUCUUCAAGCAAAGACAUCAUCUAUUUUGCAUUCAAGCACUAAUGAAUCUCAUGAUUUGCCUCCUGGCUUUGAAGACAAUCAUAUUUCGAACCAUCUAAGGAAUGAACUCUCCCACUUAUAUCAGAUUAAAUGGAAAACUCCUCCCCUGUUUGCCCUCUGUCAAAAUUGGCUGGUUGCGGCUGGUGAAGAAAGUAGGGAGAAAGUGGAUCAAAAGCUGAGAGAAAUGAAGGUGCUUGAAGCAGUAUAUCCUCGCCCUUCAGCUAUUCCUCCAAGUCCCUCUGUUUCUUUAGAUGUAGAGGAGGAAGACUACGAUGAUAACCUCACUCCUCUUAUCCCUAUCGUUCCUAUUGAGGAAGAAGAGCUUAUGGAUGUUAAACCUGAAUUGCCAGCGACAAUUGACACCUCCGCCACUCUUCAGACACAAAGUUUGCACCAUUCCAUAUCAGCAACAGAUAGACCCAUAUGUUCACAGCUUAGUACCUCAUCCACUCUAGCCUCACCUGGGACAUCUGGUGUGGAAGCAGAUGUUGCAGCAGCUUCUGCUGUUGUUGCUGCCAUCAUGAAUAGUAAUGAGCAAGGCAGCUCAAUUGACAUGGAUCUACUUGUUAAAAUACUUAAUGAUCCGUUGUUGAUUGAGAAGUUGAGAAGUGUUCAUGAUGGAGCUGCUGCAACCACUGCAAGUGCAUCCGCAAAUUUAGUGGGUUUACCUAUUUCUGGAGUUAAGUGCACUUCUCCAUCAGUUUCAUCAUUUCCGCUUACACCUGAUAAGCCAACUUCUGGGGUUAGUCCCUCAAAUAUUGUGGGUUUAUUUCCUGAUUCUGGCUUGAUGCCAGUCACUCCUUCAGUUCAAUUGAUGCAUACAGUUGAUAAGCCAGGAACCGCGACACUUCCAUUUUCUAGGCCUGUGCCGGGGAAACUAGGAACUCCUUCAGCUCCAUUGCCUUCGCAUACAAUUGCUGCUGAUAUUCACAAGCCUGUGAACAAAACCACUGACCAUUGGUCAAGUGGGGGCCUGCCUUCUGUAAGUACCCAACGUUCUCAACAAGAUACAGUUAAGCAAGCAGCACCCAUGGCUUCCAUUUCAUCCAGAGAGCCGAGCACGGUGCCAUUAUCUUCAACAGGUGUGAGCAUGCCUGCAGUAGUAAACCAGGUGCGAUCCCCUACAACUACAAUGGCUUACCGACCCAGUACAGGCCCAGCAUUUGCUGGGAAGGAAGCUCAUCCUGUGAAGGAUCUCAGCUAUUAUAAGAACCUUAUUCGGCAACAUGGUGCUGAUGAUAAUAAUAGUAGGCAAGAGACGCAUGACUCCCAAAUAGCUAUCCGUCAAACUAAUUUCAAAGAUUUGAAACCGGUUCAUAACAAUAAACCAGGAGAAGGGAAUUACAAAACCCAGAAACCUUGCAUAUACUUCAAAAGUUCAAGGGGUUGUCGAAAUGGUUCCAAUUGUCCUUAUCAACAUGACGUGUCAGCUCAAUGGGGUUCUGUUGACAUUCUAGGCUCCAAAAAUGCAAAAAGAGCUAAAUUAGGACCAGAAAUCCGGGGCAGAGUAUUAAUUUAGACAGCCUUUUCGGAAUGGCGGGAGCAAGUUUGAGGAAGGUGGAAGGGGAGGACUCGUGAGAAUGAGAGGGGCACACGGUGACUAAGGUUUCAUGGGUGGUUUCUGUUGAGUUUGGAUUUUGGGGUUAUGAGGACCACUGUAGUCGGUCCCUGGUUACACGAAUUUUCAACAGGGUCAGCAAAGAAGAGGGGAGUGAGAAUUGAUGGAAUGUUCAAGACAACUGAUUUUUUUUUUUUUUUUAAUUUCUACAGCUAGGGCGUAGGGGUGACUUGUGCAGUUAGUCUCUUUCAUGAUGGUGACCAGCUGGAGUUCACUGGUGAGCGGUGGUUAUCCAUAUAAUUUAUGCAUCUAUAAAAGGGGAAGAAAGCUAAUAAGGUCGAAAGAAGAUAAACGAGUUAAUCAAAUGAAUAAAUUUCAGAAAAACUUAAUUUGACGGGGAGAAUGAUACUUGGGAACCUUGCAAACAGAAUAACGAAGGCCAUGGACAUUGACUUGGGGGGAAAAAAAUGAAUUUCAGAAGUUAGAGUUGGAAAUUGUGGAAAUAAUUCUAAACUGUCGUUAUUCAUUUUCCCAAGCCCCAGUUAUUCACUGGGAAAUUUGAAGGCUUGAGUGACAGCACUACCCUCUCAACGGUGGUGGCUAGAUCUCAAGCUUAAACGUGUAAUGAUCCAAACUCCCAAGUGAAGAUGAGGCCUAAUAAGUAUUGCCCUGGGAACUAAUGACAGUUGUGGUAUUUUUUUAAUUUUAAGUAAAACAUUCGGAUAUAUGGUUACUUGGCAAUGUGUCUUAACUGAGGCCUAGCUAAGAAUUCUCCCGUUGGGGGGAAAAAAAAAAGAAGCCUAGCUAAGAAUUCCGAUGCUUUCUUCUAUUAUGUAUUGUUUUGAAAAAUGAUCUUGACACUUGAAUUAUGAAUGCUAAUCUCAAGUAU